CCACCCUCCGGCGCUUUCUUCCCCGCCGCCGCUGCUCCUUCCAGGCUCUGCCUGUCAGUGUGCCUCCUACGUGCGUUCCACUUGGUACGGCCCACCUGGAAGAUCAUGGCGAUUGAUGGUGGAGAAAGAACCUGUGGCGUACAUGAACUAAUUUGCAUUAGAAAAGUAUCGCCUGAAGCGGUUGGAUUUCUGUCGGCAGUUGGGCUGUUCAUUAUCCUGAUGUUGAUUCUUUUUCUGUAUAUUAACAAGAAGAUGUGUUUUGAAAAUGUUGGAGGCUUCCCAGACCUCAAUUCACGAUACAGUGCCAGAAAAAAUUCACAGGACAAACUUUACAACUCUUACAUAAAUAAAGAUCAGCAUGGUUCAUCAUCUGAAAGUGAAGAUGAGGCACUGGGUAAAUACCAUGAAGCCUUGUCCAGAACACAAAGCUCAAGGCCACCAGCAGGAGAUAGCAGACAACAAAAAAACUACAUUUGGGAAACCAGACAAAAAUAUAGCCCUCUCUCUGCAGAGUAUGAUGGGUACAGUAGUGACGCCUCGAUAGACGAAGCAAACUGCAUUCAAAGAAUGAGACAAACACCUCCCCUUGAUGAAUUGCAGCCUCCACCAUACCAAGAUGAUAGUGGCUCUCCGCACCUCUCAUGUACGCCCUCUGAAAUCGGCGACAGCAAAUGUGAAUUCUCUCAGUGUAGCAACAGUCCAAGAUGCUCUUACAAGUGCCCAAGUGAAGGAAGUACUGGGCAUGAAAUAGAGAGUUUCCAUAACAAAGGAUAUGAAGAAGACGUACCUAGUGACAGUACUGCGGUCCUUAGCCCUGAGGAUCUGUCAGCUCGGGGAUCAUCUUCACAGUUCCCUAAAUCUUUUGAUCCUGAACCAGAAGCAAAAUAUGGCACCCUGGAUGUGACUUUUGACUAUGACUCACAGGAACAGAAGCUUCUGAUAACAGUGACAGCUGUCACAGACAUUCCAAAUUAUAACAGGACAAGUGGAAGUUUAUGGCAAGUACACCUGGUUCUUCUUCCUAUCAAGAAGCAGAGAGCAAAAACCAGCAUCCAGCGGGGUCCGUGCCCUGUCUUCACGGAGACAUUUAAAUUUAAUCAUAUUGAGUCUGAGAUGAUUGGGAAUUAUGCGGUACGCUUUAGACUGUACAGCAUACGCCGUGUAAAAAGAGAGCGGAUUCUGGGAGAAAAGAUAUUUUACUUAACCAAAUUAAAUCUUCAAGGGAAGAUGUCAGUACCAGUGACGCUGGAGCCAGCAUACAAUAUUUCGGGCUGUGACUCCCAAAUGAGCAUGUCAGAAAUGUCCUGCAGUGAAAGUACCUCCUCUUGUCAGUCUCUGGCACAUGGCUCAGCUCCAGAAAUCCUCAUCGGACUGCUUUAUAAUGCCACAACUGGAAGACUAGCAGCAGAAGUGAUAAAAGGCAGCCACUUCAAAAACUUGGCAGCAAACAGACCACCCAACGGACUGUUCUGUUGUCUAAAACACUUGAUAGGUGGACAGGUUUAUAUAAUACGAGAUACGUUUGUUAAGUUGACAUUGCUGAAUUCCAUGGGUCAAGAGAUGUCCAAAUGCAAGACAUCCAUCCGAAGAGGACAGCCAAAUCCAGUCUACAAAGAGACUUUUAUCUUUCAGGUGGCUCUGUUUCAGCUUUCUGACGUUACACUGAUAUUGUCUGUGUAUAAUAAACGCAGCAUGAAACGAAAGGAAAUGAUAGGGUGGAUUUCUUUAGGUCUGAACAGUUCUGGUGAAGAAGAACUGAACCACUGGACUGAGAUGAAGGAAUCGAAAGGACAACAAGUGUGCAGAUGGCACUCACUGUUAGAAUCGUAAUGGGUAGUUGUGGCUCCACAGAACGUCGGGAUUCAACAAGGCUGCCCUUUAGCUGCAACUAAGGGAAGGAGUUACAGAAAUUACAAAUUCAAACAUUCCACUUUAACAAAUGCACAAAAUGCCACAGAGCAGAAUUAACUUUCACAUCUUCACUCAAUGUCACUGAUUUCAGGUAAAAUGUACCAGAUACAGAAGAGGCAGCAACCCUAACUCCUUAUCAAGUCACUUUUAGGAUUGCCGGUUUUUUCACCCCACCUUUAGGAUUUUAGUUUAAAUUACAGGUAUUUUGUGUAAAUCCUCUAUUAUGGCAAAAUCCUUGUUGCUCUUGUUUUUUAGUGGUGCUAUGCUGUGUUGUAGAUGACCUGUCAACAAGCAGAUUUAGAGCGAGAGGAAAAGAGAGGGAUGGUUAAAUGGUGGGACAAAAUGCAACAAUGGGAGGGAAAAUGAAUAAUUUUUGCUUACAGUAGUAACAGCAUUACCGUUUUCCCCCUUUAGCAACUUAACAUUUCUGACAGUUUAAUUUUGAAGAACACUGGUGUUGCUAUGCAAGAGCAGCCCUGCAUGCUGACUGCUUAUCAGACACACAAACAGCUCCUCUGUGGUGCCGACUUUAUGCUGGAGAUGAUGUUUUUUUGAUGAAUUGGGAAGAUUCCCCC